GCGAACGCACUCAUGUCUGCUUCGGCAGCAUGAUGUAAUCUUAAGGUAAAGUUAACGAACAAUGCAGGUGAUAAGGAAGCAUGAUCGUACCGUCAUAAAUAUUGAGUAUGCUAACAACACGCGGAGAAUGAUGUUUACUUGGUGAUACCACUCAGACUUAUCGAUAUAUCAUACGAUUUUGCAUAGCACUGUCGUGUAGCAAAGACACAAUGGCACACUUCUUCGAGGUAUACGGACGGUUCUGUGCCGGUCAUCCUCUGGAAGUGAUUGUGGCGACCUUCACUUUGACGGCGUGCAUGCUCAACAUGGAGACAGGAAACAGCCUGCUGCGCGAAGGAAAUUUGCUCAAUGCUACGCGUUGUCGUCACGGCAAAUGCGAUAACGAUGAGCAGAAUGCAGCGGAUAUUAUAGUGAUGACGAUAAUACGAUGUUUUGCUGUACUAUUCACCUAUUACCUGUUUCGCAAUUUACAGAAAAUGGGAUCUAAAUAUGUUUUAGGUAUCGCCGGCCUUUUUACCGUAUUCUCCAGCGUGGUGUUCACCAGCACCUUGGUGAAUUUCGACCGCGGCAACGUCUCGGACUUGAAGGAUGCUUUAUUCUUCUUUCUCCUCCUGAUCGACCUUUCGAAAGCCGGCACGUUAGCGAAGUACGCACUGAGUUCGAGAAGUCAGGAGGAAGUCAAGGCGAAUAUCGCACGUGGCAUGUCGCUCCUGGGACCAAGCAUCACUCUCGACACCAUCGUGGAAUUCCUUCUUAUCGGCAUCGGAUCGUUAUCGGGUGUCAGGAGACUAGAAAUCAUGUGUACCUUCGCAUGCUUGGGCGUCAUCGUCAACUACAUUGUAUUCAUGACGUUCUACCCGGCUUGCCUCUCGCUCAUACUGGAGCUUUCUCGCGGAAGUAACAGCAUGGGGCAACUGAGCGCGGACAAGAGAUUCAUAAUGCAUCUAUUGAACGAGGAGGACCAAAAACCGAAUCCCGUGGUACAACGCGUCAAAACGAUCAUGAUCUUUGGCCUAUUCGUGGUGCACGCCAGCAGCCGUUGGCCUUUCAAGACUGAAGAAAUCGAGCACACAGCAGAAGCCGUAGCGACAUCCGUGAGGUCGGAAGUAACGAAUGGCUCCUACAAGACUGAGAAUUCCGAGCUGACCGGGCAUUUGAUAAAUCUGCUGACCGUCAGCGCGGAUAAUGUUGUGAUAUUGAUUCUAAUGCUGGCGUUGUCGGUGAAAUUUAUCUUCUUCGAAGAUAGAAACGACGUUGCGAAACAGUCAAGAUUUAAGCAGGAGGAAACAGAGGAGGUAGAAAUGGACGAAGUUAGAGCGGAGCUCGAUGGCCUCGCCUUGGAUGACGUGAAUACGACGGCCAUGGACAUGUCCUUACGACAGCGAUUCGGUGGAAAAACAUUACCGUCGAUCCAGCAACCGUCGGUCUUCCCGCUCUCAGGGGUCGGUGGCGGAUGGAUUGAAGAUGACAACGAAAAGCAUGUGGAGUACUUGGACAAGGAAGUGCAAACCGACGCGAAAUAUUUCAUUGCGUGUGACUCCGCCAAUGAGAGCUCGUCAGAGCCGAAGAUACUUGUUCCUAGAAGUGUAGAAGAGUGCCUAGAAAUAUAUAAGUCUGAGCUCGGAGCUAACGCGCUGACGGACCAAGAAGUGAUCCAAUUGGUGAAACACAAGCACAUAGCUGCCUAUCAGUUGGAGAAAGCCGUGGGCGACAUGGAACGUGGCGUCGGGAUCAGGCGUCUGGUGACCGGCGCCGUGGGCAAUUUCACGAAGGAGAUAGCCGAGCUGCCGUACAAGAACUACGACUACAGCAAAGUGUUCGGCUCAUGUUGCGAGAAUGUGAUUGGCUACCUGCCCGUGCCGGUCGGAAUCGCGGGGCCGUUGUUGGUCGACGGCCAACUGUAUCACGUGCCAAUGGCGACUACAGAGGGCUGCCUGGUGGCGUCCACUAACCGCGGCAGCCGGGCGCUGAUGAAGUGCGGUGUGACAAGCCGUAUAGUGGCGGACGGUAUGACCCGGGGGCCGGUGGUGCGAUUCCCGAGCAUCGUCCGGGCGAGCGAGGCCAUGUCGUGGAUGCAGCAGCCGCAGAAUUUCGAGGAUAUGAAGAACAGCUUCGACCAGACCAGCCGAUUCGCCCGGCUGACGCGGAUUCACGUGCGCAUUGCCGGCCGGCACCUGUUCGUGCGUUUCGUCGCGAAGACCGGCGACGCGAUGGGCAUGAACAUGCUGUCGAAGGGCACGGAGAAGUCCCUGCAGACGGUGCAGAGCCACUUCCCGGACAUGGAGAUAUUGUCGCUCAGCGGUAACUUCUGCACCGACAAAAAGCCCGCGGCCGUCAACUGGAUCGAAGGUAGGGGCAAGAGCGUGGUGUGCGAGGCGGUCGUGCCGGUGGACGUUGUCACCAGUGUGCUGAAGACCUCGGUGCACGCACUCGUCGACGUGAACAUCAGCAAGAACAUGGUCGGCUCCGCCGUGGCGGGCAGUAUAGGUGGCUUCAACGCGCACGCCGCGAACAUCGUGACGGCGAUCUUCAUCGCUACCGGGCAGGAUCCUGCGCAGAACGUCGGUAGUAGUAACUGCAUGACGCUGAUGGAGCCUUGGGGCGAGGAGGGCAAAGAUCUGUACGUGUCUUGCACAAUGCCCAGCAUAGAGAUCGGUACGGUGGGCGGUGGUACGAACUUGCCAGCCCAGGCGGCGUGCCUGGCUAUGUUGGGCGUGAAGGGCGCGCACGCCACCGAACCCGGCGAGAACGCCAGCAAACUCGCCCGAAUCGUAUGCGCCACCGUCCUCGCCGGAGAGCUGUCUCUGAUGGCUGCGUUAACCGCCGGACACUUAGUCAAGAGUCAUCUUAGGUAUAACAGGUCAUCCGUCACAGUUAGCAACUCUAUGAACAUUGCCCAUAGUAGUGCUGGUGAGAAGCUAACUGUGCCCUCUUCACAGUACCUUUGCGCGGACUUCACGCAGAAACAUUAACACGUUUCUUUCGGCUGUAUGGGCUGCUUGUUAUCUUGUACCUGCGUCACUUGCGUCGCAUAUACUAGAAUUUUUUAUAAUUAUUUGUCAUAUAUGCUGAAUUUCCAAGUUUACGGAACGUAGCCGAUAGUCCAGUGAAAGAACAUAACUUCUGGGUAUUAAUAAACAAAAAAAAUCUUUCAUUGAACCGUUGGCUACAUCUCGAACUGCAUCGUAAAAAAGUAUUCAAACCGUUUUAAAACCCAGCGUAUGGUGAUGGACAGAAAAAUCGUUACUCUUUGAUUUUGUUUUGAUAACUUUCGGAAUUAUUCCAAUAGGAGAUACAUUUUCCUAUUGGAUAGGAGAUGCGUUGCGAACUUAUAAAAAAAAGUGUAACAACCAUUUUGUCCACCACUAUACAAGUGUGCAUAUAUAUAUAUGCACAUAUAUAAGAAUAUAUAUGAUAUACAGAGUGAUUAAUUUUAAUCUUAAUAGACAAUAGUUCGAAAAAUAUGAAAAAUAUAGGAAUAUAUCUCAGAUAAAAGUAAGGUUUAGAGGGGGACAUAAGACAGUGAUUUUAGCUUCGUACAAUCAAUAAUUCAAGAUCAUUUCAAAUUCUACUUCAUUUUUUUUUAAUAGAGUUUCAUAUCAGUUUUGUUUAACACAAAUCGAUUCCUCUUCUUUAUACAUAUAAAAAUAUUCCCAAAUGUUAUCAAAAAGAUAUUAUCAAAAAAUAAAUAUUUUAUGAGAUAUUUCAUAUCUCGUACUAAAAAAAUAUCAGAAUGAUAAAUAAAAUAACACAAAAAGUAUCCGUAUUUGCCCUAGUAUUUUUGUAUGUAUAAUUAACAGAGGAAUCGAUUUGUGUUAAAAAAAACUAUAUGAUUCUAUUAAAAAAGUGAAGUUGACUUUGAAGUAAUCUGGAAUUAUUAGCUGUAUAACAAAGUUGAGAUCAUUUUAUGUCCUCUUCUAAACCCUACAAGUUUUAUUUGAAACACUCUCAUAUCUUCCAUUUUUUCGAAAUAUUUGUCUGUUAAGAUUAAAAUAAAUCACCCUGUAUAUAAAAAUAUAUUUCGUAUAUAUCUUAUAUAUGUGAAUAUAUAUAUAUAUAUAUGAAAAGGAUAUAUGAAAAAUUGAGCGCGUAUUUAAAAUGACAUACGAUAGUGUCGUGUGUGUUCUUAACGUCCGCUCGUUUUUUUAAAUA